AUGAGCCCACGCGAACCCCUUCCUUCCUCUAUGGACUCUUCGGAGAGUGGCCUUCAAUUCCAAGAGGAAAGCGGUGCUCAGAAAUUCACUAGACGUCUCAAGGAAGAACCCUUGGUCCCGCUAGGAUGCGCCGCCACAUGCUACGCCCUCUACCGCGCCUACCGAUCGAUGAAAGCCGGAGACUCCGCUGAAAUGAACCGCAUGUUCCGCGCCCGUAUCUUCGCCCAGGCAUUCACACUAGUCGCCCUGGUGGCAGGCGGCAUGUACUUCAAGACCGAGCGCCAGCAGCGCCGCGAAUUCGAGAAAGCCGUUGAGGAGCGUAAAUCACAAGAGAAGCGCGAUGCUUGGUUGCGGGAACUGGAGAUCCGUGAUAAGGAGGAUCGUGAGUGGCGGGAGCGUCAUGCUGCUAUUGAGGCGGCGGCUAAGGAGGCUGGUCAGAGGCCCUCGGAGCCCGAUGCUGCUCGCGCGUCGAUUGAGCCGGCGGAUGAGAAGAAGAUUGGGGUUUUGGAUGCUGUGAAGGUUUUGUUGUCGAAGAGGAACUAA